AUGGCGAGCUCUCAAGCUUCUGAUCGGAAGCUGUCAGUCGUCGCUAUCAUUGCCUUUAUAUACGUUUCCCUCGUCCAGACCUCUCAUGUUGUGCCAGACGAGAUCCCGCAGUCCUACUGGGAGAUUAAGGCCCGGCAAAAUUUUCAAAAUGCACAACGUCUCUUCUCACCGAUUGCCCAAGCUACACGAAAAGCAAAAAACGUGAUUCUCUUCAUGGGUGACGGCAUGGGUUUACCCACAAUCGGAGCAGGCAGGUUUUAUCGGAGCAUGACGACCAACAGUCCGGGAGAGGCGCGCCAUUUCAGCUUUGAGAGCUUUGAUUUUAACACUCUAGUGCGAACCUACGACCUGGAGACCAUGGUCACUGACUCUGCCAGCUCUGCGACGGCCUUCUUAACAGGUAAGCAGAGAUUAACUGCCCAAAUUCAAGCGCUGUUUCCUCACUGAGUUUGGUUACGCAUCUUAGAAUGUCCCAAUUUUAACAAAAGCCAGCGUAGGUCUUUAAAGGUAAACCUUGUACUAUCUACCUCAAUUAGGUACGAAAACUCGCACAGGGAUGCUCGGCUUGACGGGAGCAGUUGCGUUGAGGCAGUGCGUUGCCUACACUUCGUCAGCAAAGACGAUGUCAGUUCUAAAGGCUGCCUCGAAAGCAGGCAAGUCUACGGGCCUGGUGACGACUACACGCGUUACUCAUGCCUCACCGGCUGCAGCCUACGCACAUGCAGCACAUCGUAACUGGGAAUGUGAUACGUAA